CUGCAGGCCACAAGAUUCUUUCUAAGAAUUCCAUUUCAGGUCUAUUUCUGAGAUUGUUUUAAAAGAGAAAACUGUUUCCAUCUGCACCACCCCUCAGGGGAAGUGCUACUGCUGAAGGUGGGAUGGGUGGUUUUUUAUUCUGUUUUUCAGCCCUGUCCUGAUCUUGUUGCUGGUGUUAAAACAUUGGUUUCAAAAUGAACCUCUUUUUUUGCUGCUUAUGCUCAAUAUUGCUUUCCCAAGGAUAUGGAGACUGCUCUCUCAUUCCACAGAAUGCUUGAGUAAGGAAGCUCUCUUGAACACCUUGAGUGUGCCAGAUGUAGUAGUGAGCAUCCUAUGCCCCUGCCUUUACAACAGGGGCAUAAAGGUGGGGUUGAUAAGGUUUGAAUUAGGGUUUUUAAUUUUAAAGCUGAAGGCUUAAAGGUGUUUUGUUAGAGUGGCACAGACUGCAAAAACACCAGACUUGAACUGCUUCUUCAAUGUAAUGUAAGUUGAUAACAGCUUGUCUUGUAAUGUGGUCCUCGUUAUUUAUAUUCAGCCUUUGCCUAGGUUGCAGCUCUGUCUCUGCAGUAUUUUUUUCCCUUUUAUUUUGUUUUUUUCUCCGUUCUUUCAUAUCUUAGCUGGGGGACACCUCUACAGGCAGCCUUACAUUGUACCCCUUUCUUGCCUUCUUGUAGCAAAACAGAGGAGUGGCAGCCUUUUCCCAACAAGCAAAGUAGAUCUGGUCAGGAAACAAUUGAGUAAUGAACCUGAGAAUGUCACGUGGAGGUAGAUGUCUUCUAAAAGUCAGAAGAUCCACUCCAGUUACUGCUCCAGUUGUACAACAGCCUGUGGAAUGUUUGCAGCCGUAUAAGCAGCGAGUUUCUUCUUGGUACCCAGCUCACAUUGAAGAGAUUGACUAUGAAGAAGGAAAAGUGCUUAUCCAUUUCAAACGCUGGAACCAUAGAUAUGAUGAAUGGUUUUGCUGGGACAGCCCUUACUUACGUCCCUUAGAGAAAAUACAGUUGAGGAAGGAAGGAUUGCAUGAGGAGGAAGGUUGUGCAGGAUUUCACGUGAAUGACCAGGUAUUGGCUUGCUGGUCUGACUGUCGCUUCUACCCAGCCAAAGUCACUGCUGUUAACAAAGAUGGUACAUACACUGUGAAAUUUUAUGAUGGUGUAGUUCAGACCGUCAAAAACAUUCAUGUCAAAGCUUUUUCCAAAGAUCAGAACGGCGUGGGGAAUGCGAGGCCGAAGGAGAGAGGUAAUGAAAUUCCAUCAUCUCCUGAAAAGCAGGAGAGAUUUAAAGAGCAGAGGAAGACAGGUAAUGCAAAGAAAGACAAGGAUGAAAAGACAUUAAAGACCGAGAGAAGAGUCAAGCAGCCUGAUAAAGAAGGCAGGUUGAUAGUCAUCUCGGAAAAGGGCAAGGUCUGUGAGAAGAGUCUGUCCAAGAAUGGAAAAGAAGAUAAGGAGAAUAUAUCAGAGAAUGAUAUGGAAUAUUCAGUAGAUACAGAAAUUGAGGAGAAGCCUGAAAAUGACAAUGUGAAGAGUCCACAGGAAAACACAAAAGAAACUAAACGGAAGCGUGGGAGACCGCCGAUAACACCGCCAAGCGAGCCAAGCUCUCAGACUCUGCAGCCCAUAACUUUGGAGUUAAGAUGGCGAAAAAUCCCCAAAGGAGGCGAAGUCCCAGCCAAGCGUGCCAGGAUUGAGAAACACCUGUCUCAGGAAAAAUUGAAGAAUUCUCCAGAUAACCCUGAAAGAGACCAGAUCAGAAGACGAUCUUCAAGACUCUCAUCUAGUAUUGGCCAUGAGAUUUUAAAUACAGAUCACAUCACAGCUUCAACAGCAAUUCAGCCUUUGAAAGAUGCAGGGUGUAACCAAAAGGAAUCUGAGAAGGUCCAGUUCGAGAUUCCUGUUGCAUCUGACCGCAGUUGCAGUGAACAGGGCUCUCCGGAGAGCACGCCACACAGCACAGCACUCGGCACCGAUGCCACUUUGCAGGAAGGAAAAGCAGAGGAUGCUGAAUCUGCCUUGGGUUCUGCCAGAGCUCCAGAGCCUUCUCCUUCUGCAGUAACAAAAUCUUGUAGGAGAGCAGAUUUUCUGGCAUCAGUAAAAGCUUCAACUGUUGAUCAAGAUCACAAGUUUAGAUGCAAGUUCUUGGACUGUUCAAAAUCCUUCCGCAAAGCCAAGUUACUGCAUUACCACAUGAAAUACUUUCAUGGAGUGGAGAAGGCUGCAGAAUCACAGCAGAAGCCUGUAAAAAGAAGUAUUCAAACCAGAGCUUCUUUGGCUUCUGAAAAAGCUAAUCAAGAAAGGUCGAAACGAGGACGGAGCACAGCUGGUUCAUUGUAUGCUCCUCUACACAUAGCCCUAAGGAGUGCCCCAUGUAGAAAUGAAAAGAUAGAAAAGAGAAGAAAUUCAGCUGCUGUAAGUGCACUAACCAGUCACCGCCACGCUGUUAGAGAGCAAGCCAAGAACCACAUAGCCAGAGCACUGCGGAAGCCUCCAGAGAAAACAGUGGCUGAAAAUGGUAUGGCUUUGGCUUCGUGUGGCACAGCUGUUGGUGAACAUGAGAAGAACAAAGAAAGCAAAUCUGAAGACUAUGGAAGGCCUAGGCCAAAGAAGAAAAAAAAAAAGAAAAAGAGAACUAAGCCUGAGUACUCUGGUAGUGAGGAAGCCACAGAGACCUCACAGGAGCUUUCUCCUGAAAAAGCAGUUGUCACAAAAUGUUUUUCUUCAGCUAAAUCAUUUGCCCACCCAAGUACACUGCUCCCCUGCUGUGAUUCUGGACAGCACAGAGGAAAAUCAAAAGAGGAUGACACCGUGAGCGAGUCCUCUUUGGACAGUGCGCUCUGGAGCGACGAGGACUGCAGUCAGGACGUGGAUGUGACCACCAACCCUGAGGAAGAAGCUGAGGGAAGUGACUUGGAGAUUGUUCGCUGUGUCUGUGAAGUGAAAGAGGAGAAUGACUUCAUGAUCCAGUGUGAAGAGUGUCUGUGCUGGCAGCAUGGAGUCUGUAUGGGUUUACUGGAAGAUAAUGUACCUGAGAAAUAUACCUGCUAUGUUUGCCAAGAUCCUCCAGGUCAGAGGUCCAGCUUAAAGUACUGGUACGAGAAGGACUGGUUAAGUAAUGGUCACAUGCAUGGCUUAGCAUUUUUGGAAGAAAAUUACUCCCACCAGAACGCUAAGAAGAUAGUAGCCACUCACCAGCUUCUCGGCGAUGUUCAGAGAGUGAUAGAAGUACUACACGGCCUGCAGCUGAAGAUGAGCAUCCUACAAAAUAAAGAACAUCCUGACCUAAAGCUCUGGUGCCACCCGUGGAAGCACAUUACAGUGGAUGACAAACUUCACAGGAAACAGAUCAUUCAUAUGGAGGAGAACUGCUGCAAGGAGGAGACAGCAAGUUACAGGGCUUGGAAUGGGACAGAUGAGAAGCCCUUGGCUGUUCCUUCUGUGGAGGAGUCCUACAUUACCAGUGAGCACUGUUACCAGAAGCCUCGGGCCUACUACCCUGCCAUUGAGCAGAGACUGGUGGUGGAAACAAGGGGUUCAGCCAUGGAUGAUGGAGUGAACAGAAUCAGGGAAAAUGGGGAUGAUGGCCUGUCAGAGAGGUUUGGCUGGGAUCUGGAUCAAGAAAUAUGCAAGAUGGAAAACGAAUCCAAACACACUUACCCAAAGGUGAGAGAGUCUGUCUCCAGGAAAGGCUUUCCAGAGGAAGCUAUUGAGAUGAAGUUGCUGGAACAAGACAAGGAAGGAGCUGUGAACUCACAGCUGCAGUGGCAGCUUAAUCUUCUGGCUCAUGUGGAGUCUCUGCAAGAUGAAGUCAUACACAGAAUGGAUUUCAUUGAGAAGGAGCUAGAUGUUUUAGAGAGCUGGCUGGAUUACACAGGAGAGCUGGAGCCACCAGAACCGCUGGCACGACUGCCACAGCUCAAGCACUGCAUAAAGCAGCUGAUAACGGACCUGGGCAAAGUGCAGCAGAUUGCACUGUGCUGCUCCACGUGAGAGCAGAGCAUACUGCAGACUGGUACUGAGUGUGAAGCUGGAGCCUCUGAUCUGAUCAGCUCUGUGUACUUCAAGGAGAUCAGCAUGCUGGUUGCAUGUGAUGCAGAUUGACUUCAGGGAUUUGUGAAGUGCUGUUCAAAGAGCAGCCAAAAGGUUCUUUUACCUGCUCCUGACUCCAGGUUUGUUAGGCAGGCACAACAAUAGGGAACAGGUCACACCCUUGUCUUCAGAGGUUAGGUGUUGGCUGACAAAUUACACUUCAAUAUUCACUCCUUACAAGUUGCUUAUGGAAACAAUAGAAUUCUUCAUCAUUAAAUUGACUAAAAAUUGUGCCACUGAAGAACAAGAGUUCUAAGAGCCAAAUAUGUUUAGUUGACAGAGGUUGUAAAUAACUUUACAUAGUUUUAUGUGAGUUGUGUCAUGUUUUAUUCCUCUGGUUCAUGCAUACUAGCACACAGUAUUUAAUCACUAGGAAAUGGUAGAACAGUUUUCAGACUUGGUAAGUAUGAAUAUCCAGCUCUGAACUGCGAAGCGUUAAGUGGAGGCUGGCAAGUUAAGAAUGGCCUGACCCCUGCUGCUGUUCCAUUGAGGAACAUAGGAGGUCACAGGUGGGUUGCACUUAAUUUCCAGAAUAAAUGAUCGUUUUCCAUAUUUAUCCUGUCACUGUCCCACGUCUGGGCACUAACUCUGUGCAGUGUGCUCCUGCCCAUGGCCUCAGAGUGCCUCUGGAGCAGAGCUGGUGGGACCGACCUGCAGGGGCCCUGGAGGUGCUCAGGGCUGGGGCUGCAACAGGGACUGUGGUGGGGGCUGUGCAGCUCUCUGCCCUUUGUUGCUGAUUCCAUUCCAGUUCUCUUUGGAGGUGUUGACUCUCUCCAGUACUCCAGACAUGUUGUAAAGACUUAACUCUAUGAAUGUGAGCUUUGGGGAAUCAGUUCCUUUUGUAUGUGUGUAAAUAAAGCCUCCAGAUCUAUGCAUGAGGUGCUGCCUUUGCAGGCAGCCAGGGAUCCUUGCCUGCUUCCAGUCUCUGUUUGCUGCUGUGUGUGACUUGGUGAGAGCAAGGCCCCAGGGUAGGUGACACAGUCCCUGGGGAACCGCUGGUGUCAGUGUUUGAGGUGUUGAAGUCUUUCAGCUGCAGAUCUUAGCUCUGUAAGUGAUGCCUGUGACUCAGUUUUGCCUUGCCAAGUGCUGUUCUCCCUGCACAAACUGGGAGAGGCUGAACUGUGCAGGCAGAGGGGGUCCUUAAAAAGCUGGGUUUGUUUAACAUUCAGCUUAUGAUGGUGUCACCAAGUGGUAGAACUGAAGCCCUGCUGUCAUUUGAAAGGCCCAGACCGUGCAGAUUCUCAGCUGGAAGAUGAUUCUGUAAGGUUUGCAUGCUGCAGAGGGAAGUGUGCAUGUGAAGUGCCCAGUGCUGCUGCAGAGGUCAUGGCAGCUGCACAGGGAGCUUUGGACUUUGUUAAAACAGACAAAACAGUUGGGCUGCCCUGAAGCUUUUGUGCCAAGAUGCAGUUCUGCAGGGAGUAACUUGUCUGUGUUCUGUGGCACUGGGUGGUGCACAGUGAACAGCACGUGUGCAGCAGAAGCAGCUGAGUUGUCGCAGUGAGCAUAAAGCUGUGCUCUGUAAGCAUCACUUUGUGCUCUGGAGAGCCACACGUAACCUGUGGCUGACACCUGAGCUCCUGCAUGCUCUGCAGCUCUGGCGGUAGCCAGGUUGCCAGCAGCGUCAGAAGGAGCACCUCAGACAGCUGUGGCAAUCUGGGGGCUUUCAGGUGACGCUGGGCAGAAAGUGUCCCCCGCUUAAAGCUGAGUGCCGGCGGCUGGAGCAGGCGCAGCAGCAGCGUCAGAGGCUGUGCAAGCAGCUAAAUCCCUGAGCAGGCUGCUCCCUCCAGAGGGGAGCUGCUCUGGGGUGCUCAGUGCACCUUGUCGCUCUACUGGUUUGUUUUGCUCAGGGCAGCCCUUAAGAUUUGGGAGGAAAGCUGGUUCUGAUGGGGGAGUCAAAUGGCAAAUCCUGGGCACUUGUUUCCCUGGAGGACAGCUGGGAAGGCCUCUGCAGAGACUGAAAAUAUUUAUUGCCGUUAGAGUAGGCUCCUGUUCAGCAGAGAUUCUUUACUGUGCUCUGUCUGCAUUUAGCUUUGUCUCUGCUUUGCAAGUUUCCACACUAUUGCUUGAUGGUCUGGAGCAGCUGUGGGGCCUGGUAAGUCACUUUCUGUUUCUCUAGAUACUGGUGGGUGAAUGCAGGGCAGAGCCUCGGCAAGAGGAGCAAAGGUUGCACUGUGGGUACUUGAGUGGGGUCCUUGCUGCACUAUGGGAACUGAGGGCACUGUACAGAGGGGGUUGCUCUGAAGCAAUAUUUGCAAAACUUGAACACUUCUGUAUCUCGAUGUUUGGAAUAAAUAAAUAGGUUUUGUUGGUUAAGUCUUAGCAAA